CACCGCAUUUCGCCACGCUCUUGCAUAUUCGUUAUUUAUCUCAGAGGGUUCGCUUCGCUGCUGAAUUCUCUUGAUUCCGUUCCGUCCGUCGUUCGCUCAACAUGCCUGUCUCACACAUCGGCCUGACCGUCUCCCACCUCCCCUCCUCCUGCUCUUUCUUUCUCUCGGCUCUCCAGCCGCUGGGCUACCGCUUCAUCGGUCAGCAGGGAAACCAGAUUGGACUGGGGAUAGACGGAGAUGCCGACUUCUUCCUCUGCCAGGAGACGCCUGGCAUCAAGGCCGGCGCCGCGCACAUAGCUUUCUCCGCGCCAGACCGGAUCACCGUGCGGAACUUUUACACAGCCGCCUUGACAGCCGGCGCCCGGCCCCACGGCUCGCCAGCCACCCGCGACACGGAGAAUGGCGUCUUCAACGCCGCCGUUCUCGACACUGAUGGCAACAGCAUCGAGGUCGUCUGCCGUGAAAACGAAGACCCCAGUGAUGCCCGCUCCACGCACGAGUACGGCCGCGUCUUGACCUGGAGACAGUCGGUCACCAGCCUCGAUGACACGAGGUCCGUCUACACGGUGAAGAGCUCAACCAAGUCCAUUCCAGCCAUUGAGGCACCGAAAAGUGCCACCAUGUCUGUCCCCGCUCGUUCUGUUGCCCCUUCUGUUGCUCCCUCGGUGGCGAGGAGCCAGGCGCCCACCUUGGUCCGGGCCCACACUGCGCCCGCUGCGGACCCUUCUGUCGACGCAAACCUGAUGGGAGACGCCGGUGCUCGAAAGAUCAUCGGCACUCUCAUCGGCGCUGCGGCUGGUGCUGCCGUGGCCUAUGCCAUGGUCAAGAGUGAGCAAGACAGUGGCCGCAAGGAGGCUGCGGCAGUCGCUACGUCUCAAAGCGGCUCGCAUAGGGCUCUGGCUUUCAGGGCACCAUCGCAGAGGGCACCCAGCGAGGUGGCUUCGCAGUCUGGAUAUUCGCCAUCUGCAUAUGAACAGCAGAUGGUCCAGUACCAGCGUGAGCCCAGCAACUACUCGGAGUCCGUGUACAGCUCGCCGCAAGAACGCCGCGCCAUCGAGGCCGCACCCCCAAGGAGCACUUAUGCUCCUUCGCUCGCUUCAGCCCUGCGCUCUGGAGCCACCAGCGUCCAGCAGUCGCAGGCGCACCGGAAUUUCAGUGACACGGAAUCUUACUACAGCGCCUCUGACUACGAUAACAGUCGUUCCGUGCAUAGCGCCGCCUCCGCGGCCAAAAAGAGCUACCACAGCCCGACGUAUGUUUCAGUGCCGAACACCAGAUUCGAAGACGCGGAAUAUGCCUCCACCGUCGGCCCCCGCUCCGCCAUGCGCACCAUGACCGCACCCAGCACCAUCUCUUCCAUGCCAUCGACCAUCAAAGCGCCGUCGCAAGCACCCUCGCGCGCGCCGUCCCAUUCGCCGUCCAAAGCCGCCUCGCAAGUGUCCUCUCGAGCCUCCUCGCAGAUGUCCUCUCAAGUGUCUUCCCGAGCCUCCUCGCAAGCCACAUCCAAAGCCCCCUCCCAAGCCCCCUCCAGAGCAUCGGCGAGAGAACCUUCGCUCAUCUCCAGCUUCUGCGCCGACGACGACGCCCGCAGCAGCGCAACCUCGCACACAUCUCGGUCGUCGCGCACCGAAGACUCGCGCACCGACUACCCACCCUCGAUCGAGCGGCGCACCUCGGCCAGCAGCGUGCACUCGCACCACAGCAGCGCGGCGCGCUCGCGCGCCCCCUCCAGCGCAGCCACAAAGCCCAGCCCGAGCGUCGCGAGCGCGAGCCACCAAAGCCGCAGCCGAGCGGGGUCGGAAGCGCCCUCGAAGGCGGGCAGCAGCAGCCUCAUCGGCAGCAUGCUCGGCCGUGACCGCGACGCCCUCGACGACGGCGCCAGCACCGUCGCCCCCAGCGACAGCAUCUCCAACGCCGGGUCUUCGCGCAGCCGGCACAGCAGCCGCGCGUACGCGCCUAGCGACGCCGGCGGCAGCAAGGUGUCGCGGCACUCGUCGCGCUCGAAGCUGCAGCAGGAGGUCGAGGGCGCCGACGACGCGCGCAGCCGCGUCUCGAGCCGCUCGCACAAGAGCAGCCGCGACGUCGUGCACCCGGACAACGUCAGCGAGCCGAGCGACGCCAGCACGGUCAAGCCGUACAAGCGCAAGGACAGCGUCGUCAGCUUGCCGAGCGGGGGCAAGAGCCGGGCCGCGAGCGUGGUUGAGGCCGCGAAGCGCAGCGUGGUUAGUUUUGGCGGCGGCGAGAUGUGGAAGGAGAGGCAUGGUAUGACGUGAGAUGUGAUGAGAUGAGAUGUGAUGUGUAGGGUAGGUAAUGAGGAAUGAGAUUUUUCUACAUGUUCAUCAUCUAUCUAUCUGUCUGUCUGUUUUUUCUAUUUCUAGGCAUCUUUCCAUCUGUCAGAACGAAACCGCCGCCCCGUUUAGUGCUAAUUUCCUCCUCCUCCUCAUCCUCCUCCUCCUCCUCCUCU